AACAUAAAUAUACCAAGUGCCCUGGAUUGCAAGUUGGACUUAAUCACAUAGGCUCACAUACAACGCACAGUGUGCUCCGCUAUGGGUGUUUGUAACCAAAUCAAGGUAGUCUGCUUAGGGGUUGCCAUCUGUUCCAGUUUUGUUAGUGGAGCACCCCGUUUACACGAUGUCAAAGACGAGGCGCUCACAAGGCAUGUUUCCAAAUAUCAUCCGAUCUCAUUCGAGGGUCUGCACGAACAAAUAAAUAUACAUGAGCGCCAAAGAAGAGAUCUUGGAUAUGGCAGUGAACAACCCAUCCUGUUCGAGAUAAAUGUGUUUGGACGCUUAUUAGAGGUGGAAGUGGCGAAGACCGGGGUUCAUACUUUUGGGGAAAGUUAUUCGUAUGGUCCUGGCGGCAAGAAGCUUAUUGACACAUCAGAUAUACCAGUUAUGACUGGACGGGUGGUAGGGGUUGAAGAUAGCAAAGUAGAGGGUAGGAUAUUUGAUGGUAUAUUCGAGGGUAUGAUACACACUCCGCAGGAGACCUACCACGUGGAGAAGGCCGCAAAGUUUCUUAAGAAUCCAGAGUUUGACGCAGUGGCGUACAAAUGGUCUGAUAUCGACUUCGAGGUGCCCGACGGAUCACACGUGUGUGGCCAGCAGGCACAUACCAUGCUCAGGGAUAUGCACGCUAGAUUAGAAACUGGUCACAGCAGUGCUGGCCAAUUGGCCCGUAAACGAAGACAGGAAUCGGCCGUAUCGCCCACAUCUAACACCUGCCUGGUGAAGCUAGUGGCUGAUCAUCUCUUCUUUGCCUUCAGUGGCGGUUCCGCACAGGCUAUCGCCUCGAUGUCGAAUGCGCUCACGCACGUGAACGAGAUCUACGAGUCGACGCCCUUCUACUCCUCCACAUCCGGUGUGACGGUGCAGCUGGCGUCGAAGGGAUUUAUAGUGUGGGACUCCACACCCAAUCCCGUUUCCAAUGCCGGUCCGCUGGUGAACGAAACCCUUUUGGAAUUCAGCAAUGUAAAUUGGGACGAAGUGUGCGUCGCGCAUUUGUUUACCUACCAAGACUAUGGUGGAGGUACACUUGGUUUGGCCUGGGUUGGUGAUGUGGCGCAGGAUGGUAAAGCUGGUGGGAUCUGCCAAAAGCAGGCAUACUGUGGUGACGGUGUCAAGGACAACGAAGAGGAGUGCGACUGCGGCGGUGCGGAGUCGGGCGUGACGUCGCCCGAGUGCACGUGCUGCACCGAGGACUGUAAGCUCGUCAGUCAAUGUGACCCACGCCACGACGAUUGCUGCACAGAAACCUGUGAUUACGCCCCUUCCGAGAGUGUGUGCCGUGCAGAAGGUGAGUGCAAGGCUGCUGCCCUGUGCCCCGGAGAUGGGCCCAAAUGUCCCGUGUCGGAGUCCAAAGCAGCGGACACCAAGUGCGGCAACGACGCCUUUGUGUGCCUGGACGAUGGCGUGUGCUCGCGAACGAUUGAGUCAUCUGUGUGCAAUCUGUAUAACGCGGAUUUUUGUGAGAUUGUUGACAAGGAAUGUGCCGUAUCGUGCCAGUUCAACGGUGUGUGUCUUACCACCCAGGAUGCGGAGACACAGGGUAUGGAGGGCAACAACGGCACUAUCCCGGGUGCCUACUAUCCAGGGGGUUAUCCUUGCUUCAGUACCACAGGCAACUACGAAGGCCAGUGUAACGAAGAAGGCAAAUGCGAGAAGCUGGUGCGCCAGGAUGCCCUUGACACGGUGUCCGAGUUCUUCAGCAGCGGCAACGUGUACAACAUCUCCCACUACAUCCAGGACAGCUGGUACUGGUUUGCCGUAGGGGCCCUGUUGCUGGCAUCGGCCACUGUGCUUGUGUGGUGGCUGACCCGACGGGAACUGCCCAAGCUCAUAGCGCUGGAGGCCAGUCAGGUACGUACGAGAAAGGUCAAGGAUGUAGAUGGCGAUGAGAAGCCAAAGGGCGAGAGCGACAGGGAUGAGAUCAAGCGAUUGAAGGAGCUGUAUGCGAAGGAAAAGGAUAGGCGCGAGUCGGAAGCAGGCACAUCAACCUAGCUUGUGACUACACAAAUACACUAUUUUUUACGAGAAAGAGAAGGGGGUUUCUACAAGAACGAGCAAUAAAUAUAUAUCAAUACGAUAGGGUGUCGUAUCCAAUUAGAGCAUGUCUGAGCACUGUACCAGCUGUGGCGUGCGGGAACAUCCCGACGUAUCUGUGCCCCGGAACCUCCGUGAUUAGAAAAAGCCAGGACAGUGUCUUUAUUUAGUUUAUACAUGAGAAUGACCGAAAGGAAUCCAAGAAGGGAAAUCAAGAGGGACUGAAAAUAAUGCGAUGUUAUUGCUCCCCGCCAGCUGUAUUGAGGUGGUGGGUCCUGAUCGUCACCAUCCGUCCGUUGCCAUGAUUCAUAGGCCGACGUUUGAUGUCAUACAAUAAAAGAUGAGGUCACUUG